AUGAACGCUCACGCACCUCGCAAGGCACUCAAGACUAGGUCAGCUUCAAAAUCCUCUUGUAUCUACUCAGCUGAUAAUUAUAGCUAUCGUGCCUCACCCCGGUCCCUUCGACCCGUCUACACCGGUGGUCCAGUCCUCAUAAGCAAAGACGGUCAAUGGCUCAUUACAACUCUGGAAGAGCAAGUUCUCAUCUCUGAAGUUCAGACUGGGCUUCAAGUCGCAAGAGUCAGAGGUGACACAACCCCCAUAACUUCCCUUUCACUCUCCUACCACACCUCCCCACCUACAUUGAUAACAUGUCAUCAAUCAACCAGCAUCAGACAGUAUCCUCUUCCAUCCACAGCCUCUUCUUCCCUCCAAGUCCCUUACCUGACCUACUCCCGCCAAAUCCCAAAAGCUCAUUCCGCACCUAUACUCGUUUCUGCCGUAUCACCAGAUUCUACCUUGUUCGCCACUGGGUCAUCUGAUGGGACUGUCAAAGUAUGGGAUUCUGCCGGUGGGUAUGUGACACAUUUGUUCCGAGGACAUGGAGGUCCGGUUUCGGCUCUACGUUUCAGUCAACCUCCAUCAGGAGGAGGCAAGAUGUUACUCUUCACUGGAUCCACCGAUUCCAGAAUACGGAUAUACGAUCUGCACGAUCAGAAAAUGGCAGGACCGAGUAAACCCAAACAUGUGCUAGAAGGACAUGUGAGUGUUGUGAGAGGUAUAGACCUGAGCGAGGAUGGAAGAUGGUUAGUAAGUGCCGGAAGGGACAAGGUGGUCUUGUUGUGGGACAUGAACGGGGAGGUCAAACAGGGGAAAGAGAAAGGGAAAAAGGGAGAACCGAGAUUGGUACAGACUGUCAUUGUUCAAGAACAAGUGGAAGCUGUUGGCUGGCUCCGAGGUACGAUACUGGGUAAGAAUGGGAUGAUGUGUUUUACUGGAGGUGAAAAAGGUGUUGUGAGAAUAUGGGACGUUGCUAAAGGUGUGGAAGUGGGCAGUAUGGUAGGUGUGGAAGGUGUCGAUACGGCUGAAGUGGAUGAAGAUGAACAGAGAGGUAUCAUCGAUGUUCUGUAUGACCAAUCCUCAUCAUCUUUGAUUUCCAUUCACGCCGAUCAAAAUAUCAUUUUCAAUUCUCUGACCGAUGGUUCUCCCACAAGACGAGUAGUUGGAUUUAACGACGAAAUCAUCGAUGCUGUCUUUCUCUCAUCUCCCACUUCUUCAUCUCAUUCUCAUCUCGCAUUAGCCACGAACUCCAAUCUCAUCCGAAUGUAUUCCACAUCGACAUUUGACGCUCGUCUUUUAUCCGGACACAAAGACAUUGUAUUGUGUUUAGGAACCAGUAUCGACCACCGUCUUCUCGUCAGUGGUAGUAAAGAUUCCACUGCCCGACUUUGGUAUUUCACCCCUUCCUCUCCUAAUUCUUCACCCUCCUCUCAAUCAGAGUGGAGAUGUAUAGCCUCUUGCGAAGGUCACGCAGAAUCCAUAGGAGCUGUCGCCCUUUCUCGAAAGUUGGACGAAACAACUGGAUUCCCGAAGUUUCUCAUUACAGCCUCACAAGACCGGACUGCUAAACUGUGGGAUCUCUCCUCUCUUUCUUCCACUGGAGAUGAUGACAAACCUAAAAGUCUGGCCACGUUGAGGAUCCACGAAAAAGAUAUCAAUUCUCUUGAUAUCUCGCCAAAUGAUAGAUUCCUCGCUUCAGGUUCUCAAGAUAAACUCGUCAAAAUAUUCGAGAUUGAUUAUACUUCCUCGGCUGGAGGGACGAAGGGAGCCUUGAAAUUGGUUGGAACGUGUAAAGGUCAUAGGAGAGGGGUAUGGACGGUGAAGUUUAGUAAAGUGGAUAGGAUAGUAGCGAGUGGAGCGGCGGAUAGAUCUGUCAAGUUGUGGAGUUUGGACGAUUUUACUUGUCUUAAAACAUUCGAAGGUCAUACAAACUCUGUCCUACGCAUAGACUUCCUCUCCCAGGGUAUGCAACUCAUCACAUCUUCCUCGGACGGGUUGGUGAAAUUGUGGAAUAUCCGAGAUGAGGAGUGCGUGAAGACUUUGGACAAUCAUGAGGAUAAGGUCUGGGCACUGGCCAUAUCGCAAGAUGAGAGGACUAUCGUUUCCGCCGGCGCUGAUUCCGUCGCUACGUUCUGGGAGGAUGCAACGGAGAUGGAACAAGAAGAAGCCAAUGCGGCUUUAGUCAAAUCUGUGCAAAUAGAACAAGAUUACACAAAUUACCUUUCCAUCAAAGAUUAUCGUCGUGCUAUUUUACUCGCUUUAGCAAUGUCACAACCAGGAAGAUUAUAUAAUCUUUUUUCUUCCGUCAUUUCUUCUUCUUCCUCAUCAUCCCUCUCAACCACCUCCACCUCCACCUCACUCAACCCAUCCAUCUCUUUGGACCCCUCCAACUCAUCCAAUUCAAAUAAACCGACUGAAUCUUUGACAGGCUCAAAAGAAAUAGACAUGGUAAUCCAAACUCUCUCUUUACCCGAUUUGUCCCAAUUAUUACUCUAUGUAAGUGAUUGGAACACUCAUUCUCGUACAUCGACAGUAUCACAAAUAAUCUUGUACGCCAUAUUACAACUUCGUACUCCUGAGGAGAUCAUUCAAUCUUUUAAUCGAAACACGAGAAAUGGUAUGUUGUCGGAUGGAGGGAAGAAAGAUAUGAAAAAAGAAAUAAAUAUGAGAGAUCUUUUAGAUGGUUUGAUACCUUAUUCAGAAAGACAUUUCUCAAGGUUAGAUAGGUUAGUACAAGAUACUUAUGUUUUGGAUUAUAUCUUAGGAGAAAUGGAUGGGGUGGUCGGUCAGGAUAUGGUGAAUGAAAUUGGAGAUGUUGUGAUGUGACGAUGUGAAAAUUCGAUCUUCAUCUAUCUACUAUACAAACAUACAGUAUGAAAUGGGCCAAGGAUAAGGAAGGGUAAGGGUAAGGAUGAGAAUGAAGAUCUAGUCAAAGAUAACUUACUAUGAGAAUGAAAUUGCAUUGUAGACUUUUAGAUU